UAUAAAUAGUUUUGUAAUUGUUAACAAUGAUUUACACUCGAAUUUACUUAUCAAAUUAAUCAAUGACAUAUCUUUUUAGUAAACAUUAAAUUUCCGGUCAGCAAAAUAGCCAGUAGCACAUUUGAGGGCACUCGAAAAUUGCCUUAUCAAUGAAUGUUCAACGAAGCGCGAACAUAGCAUAAAGAAACCGCGUGUUAAAGGGACGUCUGAUUAUUUCAGUUUGAUCAUUCGAGGAGGUAACACACAUGUCGGAAAUGCGUUUAGGAAGGGUUAACUAGUUAAAAAUCCGAUUUAUUUUCCUGUUGUUGAACUUUUAUUUUCUGAUAAAUGAGUCACAAAUUUUGAUUGGUCAAUCCUGAAAAAUCCUGACAUACUUUAAGCAUAUGAUAAGUGGAUUGUAUAUAUGUACAUGUGGUUUAUAAUAUGUUGAUAUCAUAACUAAAUCCGUCGCAGUAUGAAAACAAUGUGACUCAUUGGAUUUAAAUAUUUAACUUUGGGAAUUAUUGGAAUUUGAUAUAAAGACAUUAUUUCUCUUAAAAAAAAUCAUUGAUUUUAGAGUGGAGUUUUAGUUACAGUAGAAAAUUCUCACGAUUGUCGAUUGGACAAUUCAAAUAUACAGAAAGCUACACAUUUGAGUUUAAAAGUUUUUGUGAAUGGUUUUCAUUGUGAAAUGAACGAACAUUAGUUAUAGAACGAGUGACAAAGUGUUAGAAACAUCAGUUUUGUGUCACAUUUGAUUUAAGUUAAGUACGACAAACUGUUAAAUAUGGGAGCUAAUAAUUCCCUUGCCGAGGAUGAUCCUAGAAGGAACUUUGAUCAUAAGGAUAAAUAUACAACUUCAGCUAAAUACAGACUUAGUUAUCAUGGAGUUUCUAACGCUAAAGGUAAACCACCACCGCCAGAAGGGACACCAUCAUUAAGGAACAUCACUCAUAAUUCAUUGACUGUCGUCUGGUCACCACCUCAGGGUCAGAGAAUAGACACAAUUUUAGCCUAUAGAGUGGAAAUUUACAAUGCGACAACAAGAAGGUGGAAAGUUGUCACAAGUUGUUGUCAGGGUAAUUCAUAUGAUGUCAAAGACCUAAAACCUGAUUCGGAAUAUUGUCUUCGAAUUCGAGCCGAAAAUUUGUUUGGUUGGAGUAAACCGAGUCAGUCUACCCAUAUGGUACGAACUCGAUCUUUGCCUAACAGACGCUCCAUGUUCGAACAGGAGGAGGCUAAAAACACUAAACUAGUACGAAGACAUAGCUACAAUAUCAAAAUCGAGGCUAAUGUUGCCACCAUGUUGUUCAAUAAAACCGAAGAAAGUGGAAAUUGCAAUACUAUUGGGACUUUUCCCAUGCGGAGAAACGGAAAUACAAGAAUGUCUCUUCCCAUCCAAAGAAGAACCGUUGCUAGCUUGCUUCCUGGAUCUCGCCGUGAAAGCACUUGCAGUAUACGUGACACUCGCCGAAGGUCGAUAGAAGAAUCUUCAGUUUGCACUGAUGAAACGGACGAAUCAUUAAAAUCACUCAAAUUGCAUCGUAUUUCCAUGUCAACAGAAGAAGAUUCGUGUGCGCGGUCAACUUCGUCGACGUCGAUGACGUCAAUUCCAGAAAUGCAAGAAGAAGAUUCGUUUGAACAUUUAGAAUGUAAAAAUAAUAAAGAGGAAUAUUGGAAACAAAACUGGUUAUCGCCGACCCACGAAGUUAGCCAUGAUGAUAUUUUAAAAUCGCCAUAUUCCGAUGACACAAAACUUUCAAUGUUUUCACGAUCUCCAAUGCAAAGACAGUCCAAUCAUUUCAGUGACUUAACAGAGACCAACAAACUUUCUCAGUACGACAUUGACAGUGAUUCUCAGAUUUGGAAAGGAAAAGACGACGUUCCAUUAGAUAAUGAAAACAUUUCUGAUCUCCGUUCACUACGGGAUAUACUGUGUUCAAAUGACCUGAUGGUCAAAACGCUCAAUGCUGACAACAACGGAAAUUAUUGCAAUAAACUUUACAAUAAUGUUAUUCACGAAGUGGACGAGGAAAAUGUGACGAUGGACAUAGUCUCAACAUUGUAACCCGCACUGUUGUAGUCAUGGAAACAAUUUGCUUUAAAAACAUAUUUCCAAUGUUAACCGAUCUCAUGUCAGUGACCUUCUUUCCUUUUUUCGAAGAUUUCGGGACCAAAGAAGGAAUGCUUCAUAUAAUGGAAUUCAGUGUUUAUUUUUAUUUUCCCUUUGCUAUGCUAACCAAAGAAGGUUAUUUAUUUUUGUGGUGCAAAUCGUGCAAUUGAUAGUCCCAAUGUUUAACAAAAUAGCAUUUCACACUGCUUUACAAACAUUUGUUAUCAUAUAUUUAAAUGAACAUUAUUUAUUUUAAUUAUAAAAGAUAUUUUAAAGUUA